GAUCGCUGAUCUAUCUCCACAGUGGAGGCGAUGCAGACAUUCCCCGAGCCCACUGAAAACACACGUGACUUUGGCCAGACACCAUCCUUACAAGGUCCUUACGGCGCAUGGGGUUUAGCGGCAACCCAACAGUCUCCUUUCUUACCACGUGACAGGAAGUUCCCAGACUACAACUACCAGAGUGCUGCGCUGCGAUCAUGUGACAGGACCGGGUCAGGUGACCGAGGAGCAGCAGCUGAGCAAAGGAGAUCGUGGGCGGAUGGUGGCAGCGCUCUCCUGGCAGGAUGUCUUUAGGAAACGUGGCCAUCAAUGCGGAUUACCCGUGGGAUGCCGGGGAGCGCGCCCGCCUGCUGCAGAGCCCCGUCGUCCCGGAGACCAGGAGGCUGGUAGGAGGCACGUCUGCCAUCGGAGCUGUCUUCAUUGUGGUGAACGCAGCACUGGGCGCAGGCCUGCUCAACUUUCCUGCAGCUUUCAGUGCCGCGGGCGGAGUGACGGCCGGGGUCGUGCUGCAGCUGGUCCUGCUGCUCUUUAUCGUCAGUGGUCUGGUGAUCCUGGCACACUGUGCCGAUGCCUGCAGCGAGCGGACGUACCAGGAGGUGGUGCGGGGGGUGUGCGGACGUGUUAGCGGGGUGCUGUGUGAGAUUCUCAUCGCGGUUUACACCUUCGGCACCUGCAUCGCCUUCUUCAUCAUCAUCGGAGACCAGCUGGAGAAGCUGCUUGGCGCCAUGAUGCACAGCCUGGAGGACCGGGACCUGCCCUGGUACGCCGAGCGGAAGUUCACCAUCACCGUCACUGGAGUUCUGCUGGUACUGCCGCUGUCCCUGCCCCGCGAGAUCAGUGUCCAGAAGUAUGCCAGCUCGGUCAGCGUCCUGGGUACCUGCUAUGUGACCUUCAUUGUCAUCUUCCGAUGUAUACAUCCUACCAGCGAGCGUCCGUCUGACAGCGCCACCCGCAGUGCUUCCUCCUGGAUUGCUGUCUUCAACGCCGUUCCCACAAUCUGUUUUGGGUACCAGUGCCACGUCAGCAGCAUCCCCGUGUACGGCAGCAUGCAGCGGCAGGACAUUCGGCGCUGGGCGGCCAUAGUGUCCAUGGCCAUGUUUAUUGCUCUGUGCGUCUACACUGGGACAGGUGUGUGCGGCUAUCUGCUGUUCGGUUCGGCGGUGGACCAGGACGUCCUCCUCUCCUUCCCGUCGGAUGAUGUGCCAGUGGCUGUGGCGCGAGCGUUCAUCAUCCUGUGCGUGCUGACGUCAUACCCCAUCUUACACUACUGUGGGCGGGCGGUGCUGGAGGGACUGUGGCUGAGGUUCACGGCACAAGAGGCUGGCGAGGAUCCAGUCGGAGAACGGCGCCGGAGAAUCUUCCAGACCCUGGCCUGGUUUGUGCUGACGCUGCUCCUGGCACUCUUCAUCCCGGACAUCGGGAGAGUGAUUUCCCUGAUCGGAGGUCUCGCUGCUUGCUUCAUCUUCAUAUUCCCAGGGCUCUGCCUCAUCAACCUGAAACUGUCCGAGAUCCAGGAGCAGAAGAGCCGGAGCUGGUGGGCACUGCUCAGUUAUGGAGUUACCAUGGUGACCCUGGGAGCCUUCAUUUUUGGACAGACCACAGCCAAGGCCAUCUUUGUGGACCUGAUGGGUUGAUCACCUGAGAUUAGACAUUCCCCUCCGCUUGUGUCCUGCAGAGCGUUGCACCUAGCAUGAUUACUAAUGCUCAUUCUCCUGGUCAGUAACCCCGCUACACGUGUCCUCCCAGAAUUCCCGGAUAGCUGCAGAAGGAACAGCAGAGCCCAUUCCGCUGCUGCCGCUUAUCCCUGUUUUAGCUGCUGCCUUCCCCAAGGUUUACUGAGAGCACAAGGACCAAGAUGGCGGCAGCGUGCCCGGCAGUUACUUGCAGUGAGUGGUGCUGACAACUGGCCCACAGAAGAUGCAGCAGAGCUGUGCGCAGGGGAUUCUGGGAGAAUGAACCGCCUCCUUGCUGGCCGGGCGCAGGUGGCACAAUUAUUUUUUUUUAACUGAUGAACAGACAUAUCAACUUUUUAUGUUUCUUGUUUUUUUAUUGAUUUUUGCAGAUUUUUAUUUCUUUAGUUUUACUUGAACCCAAAAUCCCAGACUUUGUUUUACAUUGGACUGAUCGGCAUGAGACCCACUGGAGGGUAGAGGUGGCCCCUGGGGCAUGGCUGGGCCCCGGGACUUGCCCUUCUUCAUUUCUAUUUGCUGCUAAAAUGCCCCCUAGCCUGGAGCGUCAUCUGGUGGCUUCUGGCAGUGGGUGGGGGUUAACGGGGGCCCUGCCGCACAGAGAGCAUUACAUGGCGGCUCCUGUCUGUCAUCUGCAGUUUACCAUCCUGCCCCCGACUCUCACCUCCGUUUUCUAUAGAUCCUUUUGAAAGAGGUUUUCCAGAACAGGGGCCCCGGUAAAAUAAAGGAAAACCCCAUUGCUUUGGUGCUGUGCUCUGGUCCCAAUCACUUACAUGACCUCUGUUGCCAAUCACUGGCUUCAGCGGUCUCGCGUGCAGGAACAGCAUGUGGUCAGUAAUUGGCGGGACCCGUGACAUAAACAAUGGAUGGGACAGUUGGUGUGAAGGGGUUCUCCUUUAACUCAGUUUCCUGCUCUCUGACAGAUUUUUAAAGGUAAUGAAUGCCUCAUAAAAAAAAAAAAUUUAAUCCUUGCAUUUCACUCAUUUUGGGCUUAAAAUCAUUUCUCCAGUUGGUCUUAGUGUGUCCUCUCCAGCUUCCAGUGUGUCCUCACUGAAUCUGUCAGGGAGCUGCUCUGAUGGCUUUAUGGUUAGCCCCUAUCUCUGAGCUCCUGACAGCUCAUAAACACUCAUCAUGACUAAACUCUUAUUGGUAAAUUUUAGGAGCUGACAGGAGUUCGGAGAUGAGGGCUACACAUCAAGUCAUCAGAGCAGCUCCCUGAUGGAUUCGGUGAGAGGCGGUACACUGAAAGCUGGAGGGGACAAGACCAACUGGAGAAAUGAUUUUAAGCCAACAUGAAACGCAAUGAUUAAAAAUGUCCUCAAACUUCAGCCAUUGCCUUUACAAAUUCAGAAAACCCCUGUAGGGGUUGUUCACAGAGCAUAUUACAUGCGUGUGUCAUGGCCCCACCCGAGGUUUAACUAAGCCACCCUCUUCGAGAGCUCUUGUUUUGUGGCUCAGGAGGGGUUAAUGUCACAUGACCUUGUUGUGGGGUCCUCAGGUUUCCUGCAGCCACUGUACAUGAGGACCCCCGGACAUCUGCUGCUGUGGUCUUCAGGACUCGGUGCUAUUUCAUGCUGUUUAUGUUGACAAAUCUGUGUGCAAUAUUUUACACAAAUAAAGGGAAUAUGAUUUCAA